AUGGCGUCGCCGGACUCCUCGAGCACGAGCGUCCUCGGCCAUGAGAUCAUCAGCGCGGCCGAGGCGGGCGACACCGCCGCGGUUCUCGCCGCAAUCGACGCAGGCCUGGACGUGAACGCGCGGUCGGCGUUCCAGACCACGCUGCUGCACACAGCGGCCCGGUACGGUCACGCGGACCUCCUGAGCGCGCUCCUCCGCCGCGGCGCCGACAUCACCGCCCUGGACUACGGCGGCAUGCGCCGCUCCGCGCUGCACUGGGCGUGCCACGGCGCGCACGUGCGCUGCGUGGAGAUUCUCGUCGACGCCGGUGCCGACACGGAGUGUCAGGGCCGCGCAUGGAGCCGGCUGGUGCAGGGCAGCGCGUGCGGCGCGCUCGUGGACCGCACGGAGCCGUGUCCGGAGGCCCCGGAGUCGCUCUGCCGCGGCGACGCGGUCCUCCUGGCCCUGAGACGCCCCCCGUGGUCUAUUGAGUUGCACUCUAUGUGGCCGGGGGGGUUCCGCGCGGCCGUGAGCGAGCUGCUCAAGUGCAACCACCGGCUGUGGGCGCAGCGCGGGAAGGCGGAGGCGGGGGACGAAGGGGGGUGUUUGCCGGGGUUGCCGAUGGAUCUGAUCUGGAUGAUUGUUCGAAGAAUGGCGUAUGACGUCAGCGCGUGGGUGCAGGAGGCGGACAGGUUCGCGGAGGCCAAGGGGAUCCGGCAGCGCAUCGCGCGGGGCGUGCCGGAGGGACGGCUGGACCUCCCGCGCUGGGACACGUCGUACUUGCGGGACGAUUCGUGA